UGCCGUCUGCCGUGGCUCCAAUAAGUGGUCUGUGGUCACGGAUUCCAGUAUGGUUAUAGUUCAGUGCUUAAACCGGAUUAUUUAAUACCGAUCGAAAAGAAUUAACCAAUCCCAAAUAUUCCUUAGAAAUUGAAAUGUCUAUGAUUUUAUCUAUUCGUUUAGAUCGGUAUUAAUUAAACCGAUUUAAGACCGCCGUGUAAACGUGGUAAUGAAGAACGAGAAAACGCAAUCGAAUGAGCGCUGCCAGAUCAUUUCACUGCAAUGGUGAAAGCCGCUAACAAAAGAAACUUAUACAUAUAAUUAUUAUUUUUCUAUAAAAAUCCAGUAUCAAACUCUUACCGCAUUCUAAAUGUCUACUGGAGCAGAAAAAACAAAGAGCAGCCACCUGCAAGCAAUCGAAUACUACACACCGUUUGAUCAGUUGGACGACGAGCCUUGUGCUAUGAGAUGCCUGCUAUGUACAAAAAUUUACACUCUUCCCACAAAUGAAAAAACGUUUUUGUCACAUCUCUUUGAAGAACACAGGCUAAUCAUAGGUGAUGUUCAACGAAUACCCAGUUUGAAAUGUUACCUAAAGUAUUGGGGGGUCAAAUUUUCUGAAGCAUCAUUAAAUACUUUCUGCAGUACGCUAUCGAUGGACUGCACUCCUGAUGGGAAACCAAGUAAGAACGAAUGUUACUUUUUACUAUCGGAUUGUCUACCAGAAGAUAAGGCACUCAGGAUGGAAUUACAAAGAGCAAAACUGGAAUGGGUUUUGGCUCAACAAACCAAAGAAAGAGCAGAUAUGAAUUUCAAACGUGGCUGUAUGUUUUGUAGAUUGAUAUUCUCUGGAUCCAGAGCAACCUAUUUAAAACAUCUUUCGCAACAACAUAACAUUCGAUUAGGAAAGCCAGAAAAUCUAGUCUUUGUGGAUCAGUUGCUCGACAGGAUAGAAAAUAAUAUUGAAAACUUAAUCUGCGUAUACUGUAGGAAAGUUUUUAAAGAUCGCACGGUGCUGAAGGAGCAUAUGCGUAAGAAACUGCAUAAAAGGAUUAAUCGUAACGAUGAGAGCUACGAUAGAUUUUACAUGAGCAAUUAUUUGAAACAGGCGGCUGGCGAUUCGACGGGAACGAACAAUCUGUCCACUAUCAGCAGUGACAACAGUGAUAACGAAGAAAAUACGUGGUCCGAUUGGAACGAUGAAAUUUCUGAUGUUAACUGUUUAUUCUGCGAUUACUUGGAUAAGCAUUUCGCAUCCGUUAUACAGCACAUGAAACAUGUGCACGCUUUCGAUUUCGAGGAUCUCACGCGUACUCUGAAUUUUUAUCAAAGAGUAAAAAUAGUAAACUACGUCAGAAGGCAAAUUCACACAGGACACUGUAUAUUCUGCGAUGCGACAUCGGCGGAUAAUAUCUUGAAGCACAUGCGAGAAGCGCAACACUUUAAGUUGCCAGAAAAACGUAUAUGGGAUCAACCGGAAUACUACUUUCCCGUAAUUGAAAAUGAUUCGUUCCUCUGUAGCAUAGAGGUAAACAGUGACGAGGAAUGUGACGAGCAAACGGUAAAGCGUCACCCGUAGCGAGUAUCCCAAAGUUUACCAGUCACAUCGUAAUAGCGUCUGUAGCCAAUGUCUAAUCCUUUGAGAUUUGCUUGCAAAGAUGCAUUCGGCGAUCUCUUUGGAGCAUAUCGCUUUCUACGUGUGUAUCGAAUAAAAAUAAAGAGAAACAAAUGGUAUUUCAUUCGGAA